UCGUGUACUGUUAGCGCAAGCUAUUAAAGUUAUUCUUACGUUUUAAAUAUGGAUAUUUUUCUUACAAAAACGCAUCGAUUUACUACAGGAGGCCUUUAUUAACCCCCCGGAGCUGUGUGAGGCACUUUUUAUUAUGGACGGAUGCAUAUUAUUGGACUUAUUUUUGACUGAUGAGGAGAAACACCCAUCUAUGCCAUUCUAAAGCUUGGAAGUGCCAGGAUAAAUUUAAUACAACUCUAAUUGCAUUCGUCUGAAAGAAGUCAUAUACACCUAGGAUGCAUGGAGGAACUUCUGCAAUGGAUGCACACCGCCUCAGUAAAACUCUUGGUCUGCUGGUGAUCCUUUAUACUGCAGCUGUAGCCAAAGAUGAUGAUGGCUGGUUGAUGAAAGCGCCCACUGAGGUCCGGGCGAUGGAGGGGUACCCGGUAGUGCUGCCCUGCUCUUUCACCCACCCGCACCACACCCAUCCCUCCUCCAUGCAUGUGGUGUGGUCUCUGGGCCACGGACGGACCGCCACAGUGCUGUUCCGCUGCACAAGCAUGAACAACAGUCAGCUGUGCCAAUCAAAGGCCAACCAGGACGAGCGCUACCGUCUGGAAGGCAACCACCGAAACCAUGACAUCUCACUCAGGAUCAACAGCGUGACCUUGAAGGAUAGUGGCCGCUACUAUUGCCGUGUGGAGUUACUGGGGCACACCCAUACAAGCUUUGAGAACACACUGGGAACACGGCUACGAGUGGAGGCUGCACCACGAAUCCUGAGUUUGUCAGCCGAGGGGACUGAAGCAUCUGGCUUCAAAGCCGUAUGUCAUGUUCAGGGUUCCCCUCUUCCUGACAUUCAGUGGAUAGAACCAGAUGGUGUUCGUGAGGGAGAUACUUCAUUCCCUCUUUCUCAGGAGGCCAACGGGCAAUAUCGUGCUUCAAGCCAACUGGUGGACAUCAAACCUAGACGGCAGUACAUCUGUGCAGCUUCAAACUCUUUGGGGAAGGAUCAAGCCACGCUCUAUCUUUUGCCCCCUAGCCCAGAGAGCUUAACAGCAAAGAGCUCUUUCCCACUCCUUGUGCUGCUUCUUGCUCUGGCAUUGGGCAUCAAGCUGCUUUUGGCUCUGGGUGUGGGAGCUUGGGUGAUCAAGAGGAGGUUUAACAUCAGAGCUAGCAACGUGGAGCACUAAGGCGACACAAAUGUAAUGCUCACAUAAUCAGAACACUCUGGUCUCAAAGCUGUUUCUUUUCCCAUGUGUAUUGUUAAAAAUAUAAAAGCUUAAA